CGUUUUCGAUAGAUUCGCCAUACGGCAGAACCAAGUCGACCAGUUUCAAAUAUUUUCAGAACUUGGACCUAUAAAGGAUGCCUUUCAACAUCGUUUCUCUGCAGAGUCGGUUUGAUCCACUUCCUCUUUCCUUCGAGCACUUGUAGUUAAUUCUUCUUCACCACUCAACCAUGCAAUCUUCGACCGACGUUCUCUCUUGGACAAACCAAGACCCCCGCGAAAGCCAACUCUUUAACUCAUGGGGUGUCCUUUACCGUUUCUCAACUGUGGUCAACCCUAGUGGUCAAAGCACUACCACUUUGUUGCGCACUGUACGUACGAACAAGGAAGAUCGUGUUGCCAAGCUUGAGUGGGCUUCAAAUGGUGGCCUUGGGCGUGCAGUGAUCGGCAAGCACGCGGUGCCGAUGGCCGACCUUGUUCGACCUGAUCCGCGCUAUCCGGGAGCACGCGUGUUCAAUGCGCCCGACGGCCUGUCAUACCGUUGGCGACCAACCCCCGGCUCUCCGGAUGUUAUGCUGGAGGACUCCGCGGGCAACGUAGUCGCCAUUUUCCGCCCUACCCGGCCCACCCGGUAUCAGAUCGGUGAUGUAUAUGGGGAACUUCAUUUCCUCCGGAACGCUGGUGCGGCAACAAUUACGCAUCCACCCAUCAUGGACACCGUCACGGUAACAGCAAUGCUCUACCGCUUUUGCCAGGCUUUCGGUCUUUAAUCGUCGCGCGCAUCGCACGCCGAUAUUUUGCAUUCAUAUUGUACAUUACAUACACUGACUCUGCGCCUGCAUCUUUGCACACUGGUCUCCAGUUCAUGUACAUUUGUAAAUUAGUCGCAAUACAGCCAAUUGCCCCUCCGAAGGAGCCGAACUCAAACUCAGCGGUCACGGUUGCAUCAUGAUAUCA